ACGUUAUAAAUAGCAUCCAAAUCUUACACCAGAAACGGUACAAUUUCUUCCGUUGGUCAAACACCUUAAACCCUUCCAUUUCUGUGCAUUAAAUCAGGCAGCCAUGUUUCUUGAGCUCUUAACCUUCGCUUCCCUCCUCCUCCUUCCCAUCCUUUUCUUCCUCUUCAAGAUUUCAUCCCACCCCAACCCCAAAACCAGCAACCUCCCCAAAUCGUACCCUAUAAUCGGCUCAUUCCCAUCUCUCUACAAAAACCACCGCCGCAGACUCCAGUGGUUCACCGACCUCCUCCGCGCCUCCCCAACAAACACCUUCACCCUCCACCACUCUCUUGGCCGCCACUGGGUCGUCACCGCCAAUCCUACCGUUGUUCAGCACAUCCUCAAGACCAACUUCCCCAACUACCAAAAAGGUGAGGCCUCCCGCUCCACCCUCGCCGACCUCCUCGGCGACGGCAUUUUCAACGUCGACGGCGAGAACUGGAAGUUCCAGCGCCAAGUCUCCAGCCACGAAUUCAACACCAAGUCCCUGCGUAAGUUCGUCGAACAGGUGGUCGACACCGAGCUCUCUGACCGCCUCAUUCCGAUCCUCUCCGCCUCCGCCGCCAAUAAUUCCGUCCUCGACUUCCAAGACAUUCUCCAGCGCUUCGCUUUUGAUAACAUCUGUCGAAUUGCUUUCGGGUACGACCCGGAUUACCUCCUGCCCUCUCUGCCCGAAGCCAAAUUCGCAGUGGCUUUCGACGACGCCGUGCAAAUCAGCAGCGAAAGAUUCGGAUUGCCGCACCCUGUGUGGAAACUCAAAAGGGCUCUUGGAAUCGGGUCCGAAAAGCGCCUCCGUGCCGUCGUAUCGGAAGUCCGCGAGUUCGCGAACACCAUUGUCAGAGAAAAGAAGCAGGAUCUGAGCGAGGCGAAAGCGUUGGAGUCUGUAGAUCUGCUCUCCCGGUUCUUGAGCUCCGGCCACUCUGACGAAAAGUUCGUCACCGACAUCGUCAUCAGCUUCACCCUCGCGGGCCGGGACACCACUUCGGCGGCUCUCACCUGGUGCUUCUGGCUGCUUUCGCAGAACCCACGUGUGGAACAAGAGAUCUUGAAGGAGAUCAACGACACGGCGUCGUCUGACUCGGCGGCGGGAGGAGGUUACGACGAGGUGAAGGAGAUGAUGUACACCCAUGCGGCGCUGUGCGAGAGCAUGAGGCUGUACCCGCCGGUUCCCGUCGACAGUAAACACGCGGUAAACGACGACAUUUUGCCGGACGGCACGAAGGUGAAGAAGGGGAUGAAGGUGACGUACCACGUGUACGCGAUGGGGCGCAUGGAGGAGAUCUGGGGGGAGGACUGGGCGGAGUACAGGCCGGAGAGGUGGCUGGAGAGAGGAGAGGAGAGCGGGACCCACAAGAAGUGGAAGUUCGUUGGUAGGGACACAUAUAGCUAUCCGGUUUUUCAGGCGGGGCCGAGGAUCUGUUUGGGGAAGGAGAUGGCGUUUUUGCAGAUGAAGAGGGUGGUGAGCGGGGUUCUGAAGAGAUUUAAGGUGGUCCCGCGGGAGAGGGAGGGCGGGGAUGAGCCGGAGCUGUUGGCCUACCUCACCGGGAAGAUGAAAGGCGGCCUUCCGGUCACCAUUUUGGAGAGGGCUUAAUUAAGUAUAUAUCGUCAAUGUGUGUCUCGUAAUGAUUACGUAGGUAAUCAUAUGUAUACAUGCGUGAAGAUGCUUAUUAUUUUCUGAAUUUUACCUUUUAACUUUGCAAUAUUUGGUCUUAUCAUGUACGUGUAUCUAAAGAGUUUGUUCUCUCCAUAGUUAUAUGGAUGGAUGUUUUGAUGUUUUUGGGCA